UGCCGCGUUUCGUGUGACAGACGUCAAACGUAUCGCCAUAUUAGCUUCUUUCGAUCUCUUUUUCCGGUUUCGCUUGCAAGUGAAAGAUGCCUGGAUUCACCGUAAAGGACGUCGAUCAAGACAAAGUGGUUGAGGGUGUUGCCCUUUUCCUCAAGAAGUCUGGAAAGCUGAAGGUUCCGGAAUACGUGGACCUGAUCAAGACCGCCAAGUUCAAGGAGCUUGCACCAACCGAUCCGGACUGGUUCUACGUGCGUUGUGCCUCGAUCCUGCGUCGUCUAUACCACCACAGCCCGGCUGGCAUCGGCUCGAUCUGCCGCAUUUACGGUGGCCGUCAGCGUAACGGUGUGCGCCCGUCGCACUUCUGCCGUGCCGAUGGUAGUGCCACCCGCAAGGCCGUCCAAGCCCUGGAAGCCAUCAAAAUGAUCGAAAGGCACGCCGACGGUGGCCGCAAGCUUUCAAGCCAGGGCCAGCGUGAUUUGGAUCGUAUCGCGGCUCAGAUUUCGAGCAAGAAGCGCGAAGCCCAAAAGAAGGAAGCCGCUCAGGUACUGAAGCUGCAGGAUUAAGCCAAGCCGCCUGGUCUGUUGACAUUUCCUGUGCAUACAUACACACACAAACGAGCGUGAGAGUUAUGUGGUCAGAAUAUAUAAGUUUACGGUGGGUAACAGCG